AUGGACUCUGCUGGGGUGAACCGUCAUCUUGGUUGGUCCAACCAUGCACGUAUAGCAGCUUCAACUCCUCACGCUCCAGAAAGCCCCUCGGCGUCGGCUCCUGCCACGAGUCCAAUGAUCCUGAAUGCCGUGCGAGGCAAAGACGGCGGCGCUGCCAAUGUUUUGGCAAUCAAGCGUCGCUCUGCCAUUGCAUGCCGUCGAUGCCGUCGAAUGAGGAGCAAGUGUGUCCACGAAAAAGGAACACCUCCCUGCAAAUCGUGCCAAGAAUCCGGUAUCCCCGCAGAAGAAUGCGUUUUCCCGGUCCGAGGACAGCCCGACUUGGAUCGUGAAUACCGGCACCCUCGCACAAGAGCAGACAAGUCCGCCAAGGCUGCCGCUGGCCAUGCCGCCGGAAAUGCCGCCAGGCCCAGGCGCUCUCUCAGCCGUGGCCUGUCCGUGCUUCGGCAGCGUCUGGCCGAAGAUUGGGAAGGCCUUCCACCGACCGAGGACCUCAUAGACGGAGUCGAGCUGUUUACCAAGCAGUACUUUCAGCUGGGAUUCAUCCCCAAGGAACAGUACCAACAUCGCUUGCGCAACCACCUUCGCUCAACAAGCCUGUUCCUCCUCAUGAGUAUCCUUAGCAUCUCCGCGCGACUCAGUCCUGCGUUCAAGCUGCGAUACGGCAACGGCGUCAAGGCUUCCGAAUACUUCAUGGAAAGGGCCUCGUCCAUUGCGUUCGAGGAGGUAUACGCGGAGCCUACGUUGGAGAGAUGCCAAGCAUAUUAUCUUUUGAGCAUUGCCCAGCAAGGGAGUGGAGAGCGCAACAAGUGCUAUAUCAACAUGGGAAUCGCAGUUCGUAUGGCGAUUUUGAUGCAGCUGCAGCGUGAGGAAACGUACCACGUGGCGAACCCGAACCCCGAGCUCAUCAUUCGUGCCGAAUCAGCGCGACGCACAAUUUGGAUGCUGCACAGUCAAGACCACCUGCAUUCGGGUCCCUUGUCGCCCGUGUCGCUUUCUGCCGGAGACAUCACUGCCCUUCUUCCCUGCAACGAGGAGGACUUUGCCCGCGGUCGAGAGCCAAGGUCACGAGCGGCCCUGGAGGGCUCGCCACCAGCGAUGGACAACCCUGGACUGAUCCGAGACCCCAACCGAUCUCUCUUUGCCACGCUGAUGCAGAUUCAUCACUGGUGGGGGAUUGUUGGGCGACGCGCCGUUCGAUACAGCAAGAGUCCCAGCCCCUGGGAUCCGGCGAGCGAGUUUUCUCAAACGGCAAGGAAACUGCGCGGGUGGGAGCAAGAUCUGCCACACGAACACGUUUGGAGCCCCUUUUUGUUCAAGGAAUACAAAGCAGAGAGACAGGAGCUGGCAUAUCUCUGCGUCACCAUGAUGACCAGAUUGUCCAACAUUGUCCUUCGGCGGCCCUAUCUGAUAGACAUCCUCAAAGAAGACGGCAGAGACGCUACCCAACAAGCCUUCUUCAGGACCAUGUCUGACGAAAUCUUUGCCAACGUGCGGUGCCUAUACGAACAGAUUGACGCUCAGUUUACGAACCGCUCUCCCGAUGAAAGCGUGGGAGCUCAAAUAGCUGCCUUUUGUGUCUACAGCUGCGGCUUGUUUUCAACAUAUCUGUGCAAAUACCCAAACAUCUGCCAAGACAAGGCCUUGGUCCGGGACGGACCCCGCAUGCUUCAGAGAACGCUGGGGAUCCUCAGAGUUUGUCGAGAGGUAUGGCCGCUGUCUGCUCGUUGGGUUGAAGCCCUGGAGAAGGUGUCUCUGGACCCGCAAUCCGUCACUCUCUGCCACGAGGGGAGCAUGGACGAUGGCAAAGACCCCAUACCGCGGGCCAUCAGGCAACUACCGCCUCUCUUUCCCAGCACCACCUUGGCUCGUACACCUCCUGGUCCAGCACUUCUACCUCCUGGUCCAGCACUUCUACCUCCUGCUCCUGCUGGUGCUGGUGCUGGUGCUGGUGCUGGUGCUGGUGCUGGUGUUGCUGUUGCUGGUGUUGCUGGUGCUGUUGCUGCUGUUGCUGGUGCUCCACAACCAGCACCAGCACCGCCGCCGCCGUCGAGUCUUCCUGAAUCCAACGUCCUUCCCAGGCCCGGCACGCAUCCAGAGCUGCCUCCGGCGUCAUCCCUCGCGACUCCUCACCAACGGGACAAGGUGCCGUCUCCAGUUACCACCGGCACCAACGUCAACGGCUUCCACCACCUGUCGUCGUCGGCUCGCUCGCUCCAAGCAUCGCAACAGGCUCAGUCGCAAGCACAGCAACAGCACUACACAAUCUCGCCAGCACUCCUACCACCCACCGUCUCCCCACAGGCUUAUCCCGACCAGCAUCAACAAGCACCACCGCACCAUACCGCGCAGCCAAUCGCCAACAGCCUCUACGCGCACUCCCAACGAGCUCCCAGGUUAGGCCGCCAGACCGCAGACGGCCAGGGCCUGCUGCUCGAGGCGUUUGACUCCCCCCAGCUUGCUGCAUCACAACAAGUCUGCCAUUACGGCUCGGGCUCUGGCUCGGGUUCGGGCUCUGGCUCUGGCUCUGGCUCUGGCUCUGGCUCUGGCUCUGGCUCUGGCUCUGGCUCUGGCUCUGGCUCUGGCUCUGGCUCUGGCUCUGGCUCUGUCUCGGGCUCGGGCUCGACCUCCGGCCCGUUCAACCCGCUGCUGGGCCCGGGCACCGACGGGUUCGAAAGCGAGUUGCAGUUUUACAUUGGCGGGCCGCCAGCCACUUGGCUCAACACGACGACGCCUUGGCUGGAUACCACGCAAUAA